GCGGCGGGGCCGCACUUGCACUUACUUCCGGCGGCGGCGGAGCGGCGGCCCGGCCUCGCCUCACGGAGCGGCUCCCGGGAGAGCGGCGCGCAGCUUCCCACAGACUUCCCGCGGCACCGUGAGCAAGCCACGGUUGCAGUUUGUCCAGAAAUUUUGGCUUGGCUGACCAGAAUUGCUCCUGCUGGAAACAAUGAAGCAUCUUUUUGCCUGAAGCUUGUACAGGACUGUUAUCAUGGCAUCUUCAACAAACUUAGAUGUCGGGGCCCAGUUAAUUGUGGAAGAAUGUACCACCAGCUACAGCCUUCCACCCAUGCCAGACAUUAAAGUGGAGCAUCAGCUUGACACCAGCACAGAGGAAGGCCCAGCUCAGAGUGUCACCAUGGGGAUGAAAUUCAUUUUGCCCAAUAGAUUUGACAUGAAUGUCUGCUCACGAUUUGUGAAGUCUUUGAAUGAGGAAGACAGUAAAAAUAUUCAAGAUCAAGUCAACUCUGACCUUGAAGUUGCAUCUGUCUUAUUUAAAGCUGAAUGCAACAGCCACGCUUCUCCUUCCCCUGGUAUCCAAGUAAGACAUGUUUAUACUCCAUCAACUACUAAGCAUUUCUCACCAAUAAAACAAUCAACUACACUAACUAACAAACACAGGGGAAAUGAAGUCUCUACAACACCUCUACUUGUAAACUCUUUAUCAGUUCAUCAGCUGGCUGCUCAGGGAGAAAUGUUAUAUCUGGCCACACGUAUUGAACAAGAAAAUUUAAUCAAUCAUAAGGAUGAAGAAGGAUUUACUCCUCUGAUGUGGGCUGCAGCUCAUGGGCAGAUAGCAGUAGUGGAAUUUCUCCUCCAGAAUGGUGCAGAUCCUCAGAUUCUGGGGAAGGGGCGAGAAAGUGCCCUCUCACUGGCCUGCAGUAAAGGAUACACUGAUAUUGUCAAAAUGCUGCUCGACUGUGGAGUUGAUGUCAAUGAGUAUGACUGGAAUGGAGGGACACCCUUGCUAUAUGCAGUACAUGGGAACCAUGUGAAAUGUGUAAAAAUUCUUCUCGAAAGUGGUGCUGAUCCAACUGUUGAGACAGAUGCUGGCUAUAAUUCCAUGGAUUUGGCUGUAGCCUUGGGCUAUCGGAGUGGUGAGUAUUGCAAAUGUAAACCCUUUGAAAAAAUAGUAAUUUUUGCAGCUCCUCAUCUGUGUAGCUGCUGGAGUGGCCUAGUAGAGGUUUUGCAGCUCUUAACAUAUUACCUGUCCUACAAGUCUUAAUAAUCCUAAAUGCAUCAGGCCAAAAUGGGUAGGGGCUUCCACUCUUCUUUCAGAAAGUCAGGUACUUAGUAAGAAAAUGUCCCUGACCGGCACUGUAUCACUGGACACAAAUAAUGGUGUAUAGGGCUGAUGCAGCCAUGACUCAGAUAAGGCCUGAGCCUGUCACUCUACUUGACUGGCAUGAUGUUAUGUAGUUUGCUAAACGCUGUUCACUCAGAUCAGCUCUAGCUCUAGUUUUUCUUGGAGGCAGGCAGUUAUCAGUGAAUUAUACUAUCUGGCUUGGUGUGGAAACCAGAAGCAAAGAAGAGCAAAAAACCAACAAGGUUUUUUCCCUCAUUGCUGGUGUCAUUUUGAAAGCUGUGAAAUGUCUGCCAUUACAGAAAUGAAUGGAAUCCAAAAGUAAGCCCAGAAAUCUAUGUGUAGCUUCUCCGAGUACAGCCUUGUCCUUAUGAAUGAGCCAGUGCCAUGGUUUAACCAGGAGAGUUGAGCCCCAUCAUGCUCAGUUUAUGUGGUUACUUGGGAAGACAAAUGACAUCACCACAAAUGUCCCCUCCUUUCCUUCUUCUUUCCCCCAAGCUAUACACUGAGCAUGGUGUCACAUGGUCUGGAACAUCCCUUUGCUCAGCUGGGGUCACCUGUCCUGGCUCUGUCUCCUCCCAACCUGCCAAGCACCCCCAAUCCCCUCCCCAGUGUAGCAGUACCAAAAGCAGAAAAGGCCUUGGCUCUGUGCAAGCUCUGCUCAGCAAUAACAAAAACAUCUCUGUAUUAUCAACUCUGUGUUCAGCACAAAUCCAAAACACAGCCCCAUAGCAGCCACUGAGAAGAAAAUUAACUCUACCCCAGCUGAAACCAGCACAGCACAACUUCACAGGCCUUUACAUAGAAGACUGCUUCAAGAGCUCAAUCUUCCAAGUGUUUCAGAGAACUUUCUCAUAAAGGUUUUCGCCUAUUUUCUCUUUGUAGGCUAAGAAUUUCCUUUUCAUGUGCUAUCAGUCUAUUCAAAUAAAAAAAAAUUAUGAUGACCCCCAAAAA